AAGCGCACGCGCUGAGAGCCGCCUCCCUCGAGGUCUACUGCGCAUGAGCAGGUUGGCCGGUGAGUCCUGAUCCGCUCUCCGCCGCCGAAUGUUCUGGGCCGUUACCAUAGAGAGGGGAACUCUCCCCGCCCCCAGCCUAGACCGCAGACGAAAUCCUGGAGAUAGCCUCACGUUACCAUGGCCAGUCCCCCCUCCAGGGAUCGGGCAGACAGAAUCAAGUACAUAAAAGGGGACCUUUUUACCUGCCCCAGAAGGGAUUCAUUGGCUCACUGCAUCAGUGAGGACUGUCGCAUGGGCGCAGGGAUAGCUGUCCUAUUUAAGAAAAAAUUUGGUGGCAUACAGGCGCUGGAUCAGCAGAAGAAGUCUGGAGAGGUGGCUGUUCUGAAAAGAGAUGACAGAUAUAUAUAUUACCUGAUUCGAAAGAAGAAGAGAGUCUCCCACAAACCAACAUAUGAGAAUAUGCAAAAGAGUUUACAAGCCAUGAAAACGCACUGUUUGAACAACGGGGUUACUGACAUUUCCAUGCCUAGGAUCGGAUGUGGACUUGACCGUCUGGAAUGGGAUAAGGUUUCAGCACUACUUGAGGAAGUGUUUGAGGACACGGACAUUAAGAUCACGGUUUAUGCUCUCUGAACAAAGAGGCCUUAUGGAGAUGAUUGUUGAUUUCCCCUUGCUGUAAAUUCAGGUGGCUUGGGAAUUGAUUUAGAGAAAAAGCUGUGUGUGAAGCAGAGCCCAUCUCCUCCUCUUUGGGGAAUAAUUUACCAUUAGGUUUUUCCCAAUGGCAGGUAGUUGCUUCCAGAGAACCGGCUGGUUUGGAAUGUGUUAAUCAGACUUCCAGAAGUGAACUAUCUAGUAUAAACCUUCAGGGUUAUAGAUAUUCCUCAGGGAUCCUCGCCUGUGAGUCACAAGCCAACCACCAGAUGUCACUGUUCCUCCACCCUUCGGAAUACCCAUCUGCUCGUAAAGAAAUCUUUUUCUUAUGGUGGUAGUUUGUGUGUGUGGAAACUAGUUUGGCACUUUUUGAGCUAGUUGGCACUUUUUAAAAUAUUCCAGAUCUUUGAAUUUAAAAGUAUAUGUAUCUUUUAGUGUGUUUCAGAAUAAUGAAGUGAAUAAUUUAAAACAGUACAGUGUUCAAUCAGACGUGCAGAUUUCCUGUUCUUUGAGUUAUUAAAAAUUAAAGUAUUGUCUUUUCAAAACA